ACCAAAAACUCACUGUAGUUAAAUAGGUAGUACAAAAAGGUUGGGCUAAAUAAAGAAAAAAAAAAAAGACUUGGAAUUUGUAAGAGCCAGGGAAAGAGACAUUAUUUAAUAAAAAGAGGCAGGGAAUCAUUCUUUACUUGAAGCCUGCAACACUGUUUUGAAGCCGUGAACGGUCAAGUUGUUUUUGAACUCAAUUAUAUAUUUUUUUACAGCCAGCCUUUAAGAACACUUUCGUCAAGGUGAUGCAACCAGCAAUAUCUCCUUCCCCUUUUUUAUAUUGUUUUUCCUUGCUCAUUGGCUUUGCAUGUGGCGGUUUUCCCUGACAGUUUGAACACUUGUAUAUUAUUAAAUUCUACCACUAUUUUCUGUUUCAUCUUUCACAAUACAAACCCAAUAUAAAAUUAUGUUGAACCCAAGUUUUUUGUUGAACAUACCUUGGUUUUAUUAAUCUUUAUGGCUAUCUAACUAACCAGGGCAUGUGCGUUUUGGACCCUGUGGUGCUUGGUAUCUUGAAUUCAUGAUAAUUUGAGGCAGAAAAUAGUUGGUCUGGUUUCAAAGGCAAGUUUUUGUUUUGGAAGACAUGGCGGAGGUCCUGUUGAUUUCAAGAUUCAUGACAAGAACUUUGAUUUUGUUGAGUCUUUGGUUCAUGUGGGUCCCAUUGGGAGUUGUUUGCAGUACUGGAAGUACAUCAGCUUCCUCAAAUUCUUCUUCAUCAUCAUCUUCUAUGAAGCCAAAAGUUUUAAAUAUUGGAGCUCUGUUCACGUUGAAUUCAGUUAUCGGGAGAGCAGCAAAGCCUGCAAUUCAAGCUGCUAUUGACGAUGUCAACUCUGAUCCAAACAUUCUUAAUGGGAUAGAAUUGAAACUCAUUAUGCACGACACAAAUUGCAGUGGAUUUGUUGGAACCAUGGAAGCUUUGCAGCUGAUGGAAAGUGAUAUUGUUGUCGCAAUUGGUCCACAAUCUUCUGGAGUAGCUCAUGUCAUCUCCCAUGUUGUUAAUGAGCUUCAUGUCCCUCUUCUCUCAUUUGGAGCUACAGAUCCCACUCUUUCUUCCCUGCAGUACCCAUAUUUCCUCCGUACUACACACAGUGACUACUUCCAGAUGUAUGCGAUUGCUGACAUAGUAGACUAUUAUGGCUGGAGGGAGGUCAUAGCAAUAUUUGUGGAUGAUGAUUAUGGAAGAAGUGGGAUUUCUGUUUUGGGUGAUGCCCUGGCAAAGAAACGUGCCAAGAUUUCUUAUAAGGCCGCAUUCAGCCCUGGAGACCCCAAAAGUAAAAUCAAUGACUUGCUAGACGAGGUGAACCUGAUGGAGUCACGAGUUUAUGUAGUUCAUGUUAAUCCUGACACUGGUUUGAAUAUCUUUUCUGUUGCUAAGACUCUUAAUAUGAUGAGUGGUGGCUAUGUUUGGAUUGCUACAGAUUGGCUUCCUUCAUACUUAGAUUCAAUGGAAGCAGUUGAUCCUGACACAAUGAAUAUCUUGCAAGGGGUUGUUGCUCUUCGUCAUUACACCCCAGAUACUAAUCUCAAAAAGAGUUUUAUGUCUAGGUGGAACAACCUAAAAUACAAGGGGAGUACAGGUCCUGCAGGUUUCAAUUCUUAUGCACUUUAUGCUUAUGAUUCUGUUUGGUUGGCUGCACAUGCCCUUGACGUUUUUCUCAAUGAAGGUGGAAGUUUAUCUUUCUCUAGUGACCCAAAUUUGCAUGAUGUGAAAGGCAGCAUGCUGCACCUAGCAUCACUUCGUGUGUUUGAUGGAGGCCAACAACUCCUCCAGACUCUUCUUAGGAUGAACUUCACUGGUCUGAGUGGUCAGAUUCAAUUUAGUCCGGAGAAAGAUUUAGUUCAUCCGGCAUAUGAUAUUCUUAAUGUUGGUGGAACUGGGACCCAUAGAAUUGGUUAUUGGUCAAAUUAUUCUCAUCUCUCAAUUGUUCCUCCAGAGAGCUUAUAUACAAAGCCUCCCAAUAUCUCUUCUGGAAGUCAACAGCUUUAUGGUGCAAUAUGGCCUGGUGAAACUACUAAAAUGCCGAGGGGAUGGGUAUUCCCUAACAAUGGACAGCCACUGCGAAUUGUUGUUCCCAACCGAGUAGGUUAUAAAGAGUUUGUGUCGAAAGACAAGGGUCCUCAGGGUGUAAGAGGAUACUGCAUUGAUGUCUUUGAAGCUGCAAUAAACUUGCUCCCGUAUGCUGUUCCUCAUACAUAUUUUUUAUUUGGAGAUGGUAAAAGAAAUCCUAGCUAUAACGAACUUGUUAACCAGGUUGCCCAAAAUAAAUAUGAUGCAGCUGUUGGAGAUAUUACAAUUGUUACAAACAGGACAAGAAUUGUAGAUUUUACACAGCCUUUUAUGGAAUCUGGACUUGUUGUCGUUGCGCCAGUCAAAGAGGCAAAGUCAAAUCCUUGGGCAUUCCUCAAGCCAUUUACUGGAGAAAUGUGGCUUGUCACUGCUGCAUUCUUUCUUUUUGUGGGAGCUGUAGUGUGGAUUCUCGAGCACCGGAUAAAUCAUGAAUUUCGUGGUCCUCCUAGGCAACAGCUUAUAACAAUUUUGUGGUUUAGCUUUUCAACAAUGUUUUUCUCUCACAGAGAAAACACCGUGAGCACUUUGGGACGUUUGGUGUUGAUCAUAUGGCUAUUUGUAGUUCUGAUUAUCAAUUCAAGCUACACUGCUAGUUUGACCUCAAUACUAACUGUUCAGCAGCUGACAUCAGGGAUUCAAGGGAUUGAUACCUUGAUCUCAAGUUCUGAACCUAUUGGAAUCCAAGACGGUUCAUUUGCAUUAAACUAUUUGGUUGACGAGCUCAAUAUAGCAGAAUCUAGGAUAGUUAAGUUAAAAAAUCCAGAAGCAUAUCUUAGAGCCCUUGAGCUUGGACCGAAAAAGGGUGGUGUAGCUGCCAUUGUUGAUGAGCUUCCUUACAUUGAACUCUUCUUAUCCAACACCAAUUGUUUAUACAGGACAGUGGGGCAAGAAUUUACAAAAAGCGGAUGGGGCUUUGCUUUCCAAAGGGACUCUCCUCUUGCAGUUGAUCUGUCAACUGCUAUCCUUCAACUCUCGGAAAAUGGUGAUCUCCAAAAAAUCCAUGACAAGUGGCUGACACGCAAGGAGUGCUCUAUGCAAAUCAAUCAAGUUGAUGAAAACAAACUCUCCCUAAACAGCUUUUGGGGCCUGUUCCUCAUUUGUGGCAGUGCAUGCGUCUUGGCUCUUACUAUAUUCUGCUGUAGAGUCUUUACUCAGUACCGCAGGUUUAGCCCUGAAGACGAGGAAGAGGAGGUUGAGGAGAUUGAACCUUCUAGGUCAUCUCGGCGCCCCGUCCGCUCAACUAGCUUGUGGCCCAUAAUGGACUUUGUAGAUAGGAAAGAAACAGAGAUUAAGGAGAUGCUGAAGAGAAAGAACAGUAAUGAGAAUAAACAACAGACCAACCACCGCUCACGUGGACAAGAAAGUUCACCUGCAUAAAGAGAAACAUUUUGUUUUGGUCUAUUGGAUCUUCUAAUCUUCCUUUCUCUCUGUUGAAUAUAGAAUCAAUACAAAUCCAAAUUCAUAUGUGCAACAUAUCUUCUCCAUUGCUUUGAAGUGAAUGCAUAGGCCCAGGUUUAUUGUCUAUUUUCAUACACUUUUGUAGCAAAAAAAAAAAAAAAAAGGAGAAAUUGUUAGCGAGUCGCAAACCAAUUUGUAUUAUACAACAGUGUCAAAAAAAAAAAAUUUGUUGUUCAUUUCAUUCAGGAAAGGGAGCUCCCAAGAUAA